UCAAAAGAUUUUCGUUCGUCCUUGCAUUGGUUAUACUUUAUGUUCAACUUUCAGGGGUUUGUUUGAACAAUAUAACAAGAUGACAACAAGAUCAGAAAGCGAGAUCGAAACGUUGCUGGAAAUGAAGAAACUGUGGAAACAAGAUUAAGAAGAAAGAGAUAGAAAAUUUGAAAAACGUGGUGAAUAGUUACAGAAGACCAACAAGAAAUGUAUAGAAAAACAAGAAAUAACAACAACAUAAAAUUUGAAGAAUCAGACAAAGUUAAAAGAUGGCCAACAAGGAUUCAAGGUGUAGAAAAAGAAAUCAAUUACAGAAUAAACAAUUGGAAAUAGAAUUGAUUUUCCAGCUGGUUGGGAGCCGAUAAGGAUGGAAAACAAAUCUUUAAGGCCUCGACAUGUUGAGCAUCACGAGAUUUUUACUGAAGUUUCAAUGAAUGAAGACAGUUUGGACAUUUCGUCAACGUAUCAAGACAGCACAUCUAAGGAAAACAAUAGUAAGGUUCAUAAAAUUCCUUUUAUAGGGGUUUUUUGCGCUCUAUUUUCAGGAAUAUUUUUUGCCACUGCAUCAUUUAUUGUUGCCUUUGUAACCAAUGUGGAUCCUAUUGAGAUUUUGGUUAUUCGAAGCUGCACUCAGCUUAUGUCGUACGUACCAGUCGUUAUCUAUAACAGAAAUUCAUUUUUAGGAGUUGAAGGAGAGAGAUUGUUUGUUUGCAUGCGAGCUGUGAUAGGGACAGUUUCCAUGGGAACAGGUUACUACUCUUUCAGACUGAUUCCAUUGGCAGAUGCUUCGACUAUAAUUUUCAGUAGUCCUGCAUUUGUGACUCUUUUUGCCUGCGUUUUGUUGAGAGAACCAUGUGGAAUGUUUCAAGUAUUCACAAUUAUUAUUACUUUAACAGGUGUAGUGCUCAUAUCUAAGCCGACUUUUUUAUUUGGUGUUUCUUCGACAGACCAAGCUAGUUCAGCACAUCGCCUUCACGGUUCUCUAAUGGCGUUUUGCUCGUGUAUAGCGGCAGCAUUGACCUUCAUAUCCUUGCGAAAGUUACAGAAAACCUCAACUCCCGUAGUGAUAUGCAUCUUUUCAAUAGUAUCCAUUACUUCUGGUUUGAUUUAUCUCUCCUUCUUCAGUAAAUUUAGUAUUCCUACUUGUGGAGAAGAUGGCGUGCUCCUGAUUCUUUGUGGACUCUGUGGAACAUGUGGACAGUUUUUACUUACUACGGCGCUGAAAUUAGAAGAAGCUGGACCUGUGUCUGUAGCGAGGACAGUAGAUGUUGUUUUGGCUUUCAUUUUUGGAGUAUCCUUCCUUAACCAGUAUCCAUCUUGGACUAGUAUCGUGGGUGCUUUCCUUGUUUGUUCCUCUGUCGUAAUAACAGCCAUAAAGAAAUGGAUGUACAGACAUAAAUCACAGAAUGUUUCAUUAAGUGAAAGAAAAACGCUCACUGGUAAAAACUGUUCGUCUUACAACACUUUUUCAUCUUCUAAGUAGAAGUAAAAAUGAACUUUAAUGGAUUGAUAAAUGUGAAAUACUGUUCGUAAAGUAUUUUAGUACAUGAACAGUUAAAACAUUUAUAAUUAAAUGUGGAUGAUGCACUCUUUAUAUUGAAUUGUUAAAAUUGUUAAAACACUGAAUAUAAUCAUGUACAGCUUGAAAUAGAUUAUAGAUCCUUCUAAAGCAAAACAAAAAUUAGAAUAUAAAGUGAUAAUGUUACCAGUGUUUUUUCUUUACUGUUGUUUGUAUUAUUUGAAUGUAUUUUUUUAUCGUUAAUACCGCAUAAUAUUUGUGCUCACUGUGUGAAACUUAACCAACAGGUAUUUAUCUGUUUCAUUGAUUUUGAGAAAUAAAUUAAUUUUGCAAAGAAUGAUCGGAGUUGACUGGAAAAAUAGAAGGGUGAUUGGAAAGGGGUCAGACAGCAACAGUGAAAAUAGACCAAUGUAUAUGAGAUGAUGCAAUAAUCGGAAGAGGUGUAAGGCUGGGUUGCAUAUUAUCACCAAUAAUUGUUAAUGUCUAUAUAGAGGAAUGGUAAAAUCUGACCGAAGGAAUAAUGAUAAGAGGACAAAUGGUGAGAUCUUACAGAUGACAAUGUAGUGAUGACUAUUACAGAAGAAGGGCUACAAUUUUUAGUUACGAAACAAAGAAUCGGCAAAAGAUUUUUACAAUGGAAAUAAACAUGAUAAAGUGAUGAGGAUGUAAAGGAAAGAAGGUAGGAAGCAAAACAUUACUGUGAAAGAUAAAAAGUUGGGAGAGAUGAAAGAGUUUUGUUACAUAGGUAACAGUAUCACAUCAGGUGGUUGGUUUUAUAGAUAAAUAAGAACCAAAAUUGGAAUGGAUAAAGAAAGGAAAAGGAAAUUGAAGAACAGAAUAAUGAGUUACAUCUGGAGUGUGGCAACGUAUGUGAGCUAGAUGUGAACAAUGCUUAAGGGAGACGUACAGAGACUGGGAUGUUUGUACUGAAAGAAAAAUUUAAAGGUUCUACAUCAGAUGGGAGAAGAACGUUGACUUGUCCUAUCAGUCAUGAAGAGGGAAAAAAUCUGUAUUGGGCAGGUGUUGAGAGGGAAUGACCUAAAUAAAUGUGUAAGUAAACAGUUUUAUAAGUUGUAUUUACAAUCUCGUUUCAUUUAUUCAUCACAACACUUAGAGUUAAACAACAUCAAGAGUUGCUCUGCGCAUUGAGGAAAGAUACACGUAAACAGAUUAAAGGCAAUGGGCAAGGAGGAUUAUGGCAAGCGUUAGGGUCGCUGGUCUGAAUAUUGUUAUAAAACAUGUUCGACCCAUGAGCUAUUGAUGUGUUAUGAUGUGACGGGCAAUCCAACCAUUCUUUGAUAAAGUGUAAACAGAAAGUUGUCGGAGGGAGGUUUUGACUACUUGCCUCCCUCUUAAUCUAUUAUUUCCAAAUUAGUGACGGCUAGCACACAUGGAUAUUAUUUGUUGUAAAGUCGUAGUAGCAGGCACCAAGAAAUGGAUACAGUGUUUCUUAUAACACUUUCUCACCCCUAAAUCAAAUUAAACAAGAAUUUUAAAGAACUUUAUAAAUGUGAAAUAUUGUUCGUAAACUCUUUACUCAUGAAAUACAACAAAAUAUUGAUGAUAUAAUAAUUAGAUGUGGAUAACACGCACUUAUGUUGAAACUUGAAACGUAUAAUUCUACGAAUUAAAACUGUAAUAAAAUUACCAGGAUUCCCUCUUUACUAUCGUAUUUUAUAAAGCCUGUUGUUUGUAUUAUUCUAAUAUAUUCUUCAUCAUUAGUUCGUAGUAUUUGCAUCCAAUCUCUGCAAAUAUACUAUUAAAAGUUGCAGUCAAGCCGAAUACUGGGUUUCAGUGUUCAAAUAUUAAACACAUUACCUAUAACUUUUAGUAGAACAAUUAUGUGUACGGACUUGCUACGCUAGAAACUGGGUUUCGAUACCCGUGGUGUGCAUAACUUUGUGCUUAACUUCAAACAAAUCAAAUAUUAUUUUUUUAUUUGGAUCCAAUGGAACCAUCUCACCAGAGAUCAAAGUAUCCCGUCAAGUAUUGUAAAAUUUGAUGGUGGGAGAUCGGGUAACCUGUGAUAUUAUAGGCGUUAGUUCUGUAGAGUGCUAGCAGAGGGAGGAGGUGCACAGAUCGCCAGUAAAGGUGGGAAAAACGCAUAUUUUGGAGCAAAAAAAAAAAGGUUUGUAGAGUUUACAUGCAAUUGUUAUUGAAAUGUGUAACUUGCAUAGAAAAUGAGGGAUAGCAAAUAAAUAUUUCGUCAGUUAUCGUAGUAAUAAACACAACCUAAACUUAUUCAGUGUGAUUUAAUAUGUGAAGCCCACCGAUAAUGAAGGGUAUAAAAAAAAAUAUGGGGUUCACUACUUCAAUAAACCUUUCUGUAUGAUUAAGUGAGUUUAUAGAAAAGAAAUCAAGUACAGUGUUACUGUUUUAAUAUCUCGCAGCCCUCUGGUUUAGAUUAUUGACUAGAGUAUAUGUGUCACUGUUUUAAUAGCUUACAGCCCAGUCAUUUUGACUAAUGAUUAGAACGUACCUUCCACAAAGUCUUAUAUUUCAGUGCGUGUAAUUUAAAAAAUAUAUGCUGUUACACAUGAGCUUUUUUUUCGAAUCUUCCAAGUCCCUGGGAUCAUUCAUGGGUGGUACCUAAAUCGGUUACAAAAUAUAAGUUAUAAACACAAGAACUUAGGAUAUUGGACAGAUCUUCAAUAAACACUUAUUUCAGUUUUGCCAUUUUCUCUAUCUAUCUCGUAUUUUAACGUGGCCGUUGCGUGUUUAACACGAAUGUGAUUCAAACGUGGUCUAUAUGAUAUGUGACAUUGUCCAAACAUAAAGAUGUUGCUUGAGGUAGCUAAUUUAAUGUGUAAUAAGCAUUAGCGAUACAUAUUUUGUUCUAGUUUUACUACCUUCCUCAUAUACUCAUGAAUGUCGUGGCUACAUUUUCGACUGCCGAUAAAGGUAACGUUUCUCUAAAAGUUACGUCAACAGAAGCCAAUGGAAUUCAAGAGUUCAAGAGAAGUGUCUUCCUUUUGUUAAAAGACAUCAACAGUGUUUUAUGUUCCAGAAGUGUUUAAAAUUUGUGAAUAAUAUCUAUGUCUUUUAAAGACCUACAAAGAACAUUUUUUUAUUAGAGCUGAAGGUUUCUGGGCCAUAAAAAUCAAAGACACAUAAAUAACUGUGUCACUUUAAAAAUCAAAGAGACACCAUAUAAGUAACUAUGUCACUUUAACAGUGUUGUUUUCUGAGGUUCACUGGACUUCCUUCAAAUAACCAUAGUUGGAUCCACGACGUAACUGGAUGGAUGUUCUACAGAGCAUUUUUUUGGUAUUGACUGAGUUUAAGAAAAAAGAGAUUUCACUCAAUUUAAAACAGAAUUGAAAAAACUUAUUUAAUGCAAAAUCCAAUCAAAAAGGUGUUAAUGGAAAACCAGUUUUACUGGAUCUUUCCAAAAUAUGUAACAGUUUAAAACUUCUUGUAUAUCUCUUCCAGACUGAAUAUACAUAGCGCUAUAUACACUGUUUUAUAAUGCUAUUAUUCUCAGGGAAUGAACAUUACUAAUAUUAUCAAUGUUGGUCAUUCCAAUUUAAAAAUGAAAUGCAUCAUCUAAGUAUCAUUUGCUCCACACGGGAGAGAUCGCUUCCCACCUGUACGUAAUAAGAAAGUACACGUGAUACCAUAGAUGAAUGACCCAAGUAAUAGGAAACUAGACUGAGGAAAUGUAGCCCUUUUCUCGACGAAUGCUAUUCUUCAGAGCUACAUACACCUGUAUGCAGAAACAUUUAUACAAAUUCGGGUGAACUUUAAGGGACCACUGAAUAAAGGAGGCAGAAAACAUCUAGUAUGACUACAUACCACAACAUUUAUGUUAAUGUGAUGAUUUUUCUAUAUAUAAUUGCAAAACAUACUUUCACUGUAAAUUAGCAUUUCAUGUAUUUAAAAUAUUUAAUUUGCUGUACGAAAAGAUAAGCCCUCACCAACAAAUCGUUCCCUGCCAGUUUUACAGAAAUUCCAAAUUUUGCAUUGUAUGUCGUUCUCUUACUUAAAACAUGUAUUUAGUAGACUUAUCUCGUGCAUUGUUCUGUUAAGAUGGUUAAAAUCCCCCAGUGGACUUGUACUGCUAAAAACCGGGUUUCGAUACCCAUGGUGGGCAGAGCACAGAUAGCCCUUUGUGUAGCUUUGUGCUUAAGAACAGACAACAACAAGAUGGUUAAAAUAUCAAAUGUAUUUUAUGUGGUAUCAUUUCUUAAUUUUUUGUUAAUUAUACCAUGCUUACAUUUACGCGCUUUUUCUGUGUCAUUUAUUUGAGCUUUGUCUUGAUUUUUCUAAAUAUAUAAUGCUGACUCCUAUGUCCUGUUCAGAUUAAUAGAGUAAUACUAUUUUCACAGUGAGUUAAUAUGACUGACACUGGAUGGCGCUGACACUUUCACACUGCUAUCUGUCAGUUGUGUCACUACUUAAAUAAGACGAGGUGUAAUCUCAUAAACUGGCGGGAAAAUAAAGUAUAAAAGUGAAGAGAAUGUACGACUGAUAUAAGAAACAUUUCAAAACCUAGAGCCUACAGUGGAUAGUGAGAAGUGUUGCGAAAAAUAAUUAAUUACAUUUUGCUAGUUUUUUUUACUAAGAAACAAGUUCGUGAUUAAUGUGGAAGUUAUAUCGUUAUCGUAGUUUUCUUUCUGGUCAUGUUUAUAUUUUUUUCAACUUCUGUCGAGAUUAUAUUAUAGCUAGAAUUUUAAUGAAAUUUGGAGAUGGUGUUUUUUAAAUGUCCAGGUCCGGCACUUUUAAUUGGAAGUGUAAUCUUUUAUUUGUGAAAGUUCUA